GAGGAACAAGCACGAUUCCAAGGUACAAGGGUGACAGUAGCGGCAUUUCUGGAAUGGCGAGAAAAAUUCAAUAAAGAAAAAGCUGAGAAAGAGCGCAUGGAAAAAGGCGCUGCUGCGUAUAAACGUGAGGAGGCAAAAAAAUUGAAACCGACAGGUCGACAAUUAUUCGAACAGGAUGAAACACUUGCUAAAUCUGAUGUUACGUUUAUGGAGGAAGGUGAUGUCACGGUGGACGUUAGUCUAUUUGAACAUGAGGAUCUUGGGAGUGAUGAAAGUUCUGAUGAAGAGGAGGUGUUGAAUCUUAUACGGAGUAAUACAGAUUAG